AUGUCAGGCCUUUCGAGGGAAUUAGUCGAACAUCGACUCCCAAUUCGACCAGAAAAGAGGCCAGUGAAGCAACCACCUAGGAGAUUUGCGCCAGAGAUUUUGCCAAAAAUCAAGGAAGAGAUCGAAAGGCUCCUUAGAGCCAAGUUUAUUCGUACAGCCAGAUUAAAAAAUGCUGGAGCUACAUACCAGAGGACAAUGAACACUAUUUUUCAUGACAUAAUAGGCAAAUUGUUGCAAGUUUAUAUUGAUGAUAUUGUUGUGAAAACUAAGUGUAAAAGUGACCAUGUUGGUCAUCUUCGACAAGCAUUUGAAAGAAUGCGAAAAUAUGGCUUGAAGAUGCAUCAUCUAAAGUGUGCUUUUGGUGUUAAUGCAGGACAGUUCCUUGGCUUUAUUGUUCACCAAAAAGGAAUUGAAAUCGACAAGAAUAAGCGCAAAGCAAUAUCUGAGACACAAGCCCCUUCGACUAAAAAACAACUGCAAUCGUUGCUAGGGAAAAUAAAUUUUCUACGAAGAUUUAUUUCCAACCUUUCUGGCAAGGUUAAAAUCUUCUCAUCCCUAUUGAAGUUAAAGAAAGAAGAAGAGUUUCGAUGGGAGGCAGAGCAUAAGCCAGUUGGAAAAUGGGCGUUGGCUUUAACAAAAUACUCUUUAAUAUAUAAACCACUAAAAUCUGUAAAAGGCCAAGUUGUUGCUGAUUUCGUUGUUGAUCAUUCGAUUCCAAUCAAAGAAGUAGAUUUUAUAAGUUUAAAGUCAUGGAAAUUGUACUUCGAUGGAUCUAGUCACAAAAAUGGAAUUGGAAUCGGAAUACUGAUAAUUUCACCAGACGAAAUCCCAACAAAAUUGCUCUUCGAGAUAAAAUCGGCAUGUUCAAACAAUGAAGCUGAGUACGAAGCAUUAUUAGCUGCACUUGAAAUACUGCUAAAUUUUGGGGCAAGAAAUGUAAUCAUUCGAGGAGAUUCUGAGUUAGUAAUAAAACAACUAACCAAAGAAUAUAAAUGUUUAAGUAGAAAUCUCGUCGAAUAUUGGGUAAAAGUGAAUAAGUUAUUACAAAAAUUUGGCGAAGUCAUUCUAGAACAUAUUCCUCGAAACAAAAACCAAGACGCCAAUGAAUUAGCCCAAAUUGCCUCAAAAUAUAGAAUUUCGAGUGAAAACCUGGCAAAAUUAACAGAGAUAAGGGAGAAGUUAGGGUCAACAAACCUUGAGAUCCUAAACAUAAAUGACUUAACUGACCAAGAUUGGAGGAAACCUCUAGUCAAUUAUCUCAAGGUCCCCAACAUUCCAACUGAUCCAAGAACAAAAUUUCGAGCAGUUAAUUAUAUAAUUUUGGUUGAUGAAUUGUAUAAAAGGAGUGUUGAUGGAACUCUACUUCGAUGUCUCAGCAAACAUGAGGCUUAUAUUGCCUUGGCAAAAAUCCACAAAGGGAUCUGUGGUGCCUAUCAAGCUGGAGAAAGAAUGAAAUGGAUGUUACUUCGAGAAGGAUUGUACAGGCCCUCAAUGGUUAAAGAUUGCUUUGAAUAUGCAAAAUCUUAUGAAGAAUGUCAAAAGCAUGGUAAUAUUCAACACGUUCCAGCCUCAGAAUUACAUUUAAUAAUUAAGCCAUGGCGUUUUCGAGGCUGA